AUGGCUCGAAAUGAAAAUAAAACACAAACCGAAACAGAAAUGGAAUCUGGCAGUGAGCGAGGAAAAUGGAAAUGGCAGGAAAAUUCAAAUCACAAACUCGGUAUUUAUUUGCGAAGCGUAAAUGAUUACCACUUAAAAUGUGCUCGACUGCCACCUAAAAACCAAUUGUUGGAAAAAGCACAACCAACCGAGUGGGUGGAGGGGGGAGGGGGAGAGACUAAGUGGGUGGCGGGCGGUGGAAGGACACAGGAGCAGAAGGAGUGA